AUGCGAUUUUCAACAUGGCCGCUCUGCAUAUUAGGCGUCUUCGCGCCUCUAGCUGUGGCCAGCGUCGACAUUGAUUGGACAUCAGAUGACUCGAUAAAAGAAGGCGCUGGAACCAUCGCGUACGGGUUGAUGAAAUGGUACACAGGCAACCACACGGGUGACGUGCCCGGCAACUUGCCAGACCCGUACUACUGGUGGGAGGCGGGAGCAAUGUUCGGAACGCUUGUUGACUACUGGGCAUACACCGGUGAUGAGAGCUACGUCGACGAGACAUAUCAGGCCCUCCAGCAUCAAAUAGGCGACGACGGCGACUUCAUGCCAGAGAACCAAACCCUCACCGAGGGAAACGACGACCAGGGCUUCUGGGCGAUGGCGGCCAUGACAGCGGCCGAGACCAACUUCAAGAAUCCCAACUCGACCGAUGGAGUCCAGUGGCUGGCAGCUGCACAGGCUGUUUUCAACGAGUAUGUCUGGCGGUGGGAGGCAUCAAACAACACCUGUGGUGGCGGGCUGCGGUGGCAGAUCUUUACAUUCAAUACCGGGUACACUUACAAAAACACGAUCUCCAACGGAUGCUUCUUCAACAUCGCCUCGAGACUGGCACGGUAUACGGGGAAUGAUUCUUAUGCCGACUGGGCGAAUACCGUAUAUGAUUGGAUGGACACCGUGGGCUUUAUUGACGACGAUUACAAUAUCUACGACGGCGCUGACAGCACAAAUGGGAGUUGCUCAAAUCCCGACAAGGCCCAAUGGACAUACAACGCCGGAAUCUUCAUGCACGGAGCGGCCGUCAUGUACAAUUACACGGAUGGUGGUGAGGUCUGGGCAACCCGCGUCAACGGGCUCCUCAAGAGGACUGCGGCCUACUUCUUCGACGAUAACGUCAUACAGGAGCCGCCUUGCGAGCCUCAGAACACUUGUACGACAGAUGAUUACUCGUUCAAAGGGUACGCCCUGAAGUGGAUGUCCAAGGCGGCCCAGAUGAUGCCAUCGGUCUACGACACAAUCCAGCCGCUCCUCCUGGCCACGGGCAAAGCCGCGGCGGCCACCUGCACCGGCACCGCAACGGGCAGCGAAGGCGCCACUCUUGACGGUAUUGCGUGUGGAUUCAAGUGGACGACAAACACGAAUGACGGGACCAGCGGCGUCGGACAGCAGAUGAGUGCCCUGCAGGCGGUAUUAUUCACAUUGAGCGGCCCCACACCUUACACUACCAGCACUGGCGGAACAUCAAGCGGAGAUACAAGUGGCGGUAGCGACAAGACGGAUAAGACCGUUGCCGGUACCACUCCAAUCACGACUGGCGAUCGAGCAGGAGCCGGGAUCUUGACGGCCAUGAUGCUGGCGGGGAUGUUGGGAGGAUGUGGGUGGAUGAUCAUGGACUAA